UGUGCAACAUUUAUCCCUCUCUGCAUACUUCACCUAUCCUCCCAAUACUUCCAACUCCAUUUCUCACACCCAAAACAAGGCCCUUCUUUUCUCUUCUGAGUUCAAUUCAAUUCUUUUUAUGAAACCAUGUAUAACUGUGGUAAGUUAAAUUAUUACCAUAUUAUUAUGCUGGCUCUGAGUAUUGUUUUCAGCUGCUUUUUUGGGUUUUCACAAGGCCAGCUUAUGUUUGGUUUCUACUCUAAUUCUUGCCCAAAUGCUGAAUCAAUUGUCUCCCAAGUUGUGAGUGAGAAAGUCAGGGAAAAUCCAGCUAAUGCUCCUGUUUUGCUCAGGCUUCACUUCCAUGAUUGUUAUGUUCAGGGGUGUGAUGCAUCAAUACUAAUUGACAAUGGCCCGAACGCGGAGAGAUCAGCGUUCGGGCACCAGGGAGUUAGGGGAUUUGAUGUGAUUGACCAGGCCAAGGCACAAUUGGAAGAGGCCUGCCCUGGUGUGGUUUCUUGUGCUGACAUUGUGGCCAUGGCUGCAAGAGAUGCUGUUGCUUUGGUGAAUGGUCCGAGAUAUCAAGUGCAGACCGGUAGAAGAGAUGGAACGGUUUCGGAUAAAUCUCUAGCGGAUGAUAUGCCGGAUGUUAAUGAUUCAAUCCAGACUCUCAAGGCCAAAUUUGUUAGCAAGGGACUCAGUGAUAAAGACCUUGUGGUUCUUAGCGCUGCACAUACAAUCGGCACCACAGCAUGCUUCUUCAUGGAAAAAAGACUCUACAGCUUUUCCCUGAAUGGUGUCUCCGAUCCAUCAAUAAACCCAUCUUUGCUGCCAGAGCUACAGGCCACAUGUCCACGUAACGGAGAUGUCAACGUCCGCCUACCAAUGGACCGCGGCAGUCCACAGACAUUCGACAAGCACAUUUUGCAGAACAUCAGAACUGGUUUCGCAGUUAUAGCAUCAGACGCAAAACUAUACGACGAUGUCAUCACAAGGAGCAUCGUCGACUCAUAUUUCGGCCCUCUAAACCCGGUUCUCGGCCCGUCUUUCGAGACAGAUUUUGUAAAUUCCAUGAUAAAGAUGGGCAGUAUUGAUGUCAAGACCGGUACUGAAGGGCAAAUCAGGCGCGUUUGUAGAGCUUUCAAUUAAUGGAAACUAGCAUGUCCUAAAGAAGAGAGAACAAUAAGUUUAAAGAAGCUGUAUAAUUAUAUUUUGGUAGCAUGUUAAUAAUUAGUUAACUUUUUGUGUGGUCA